AUGGCUCAGAAGAGUCGCAAAACGAAGGGUGCAGGCCCGGACGGUGUUGUCUACCCGCGGUCGAGCGGGGUCAAAGUCAUCAUCGUUGGGCUGGGCUACUCUGGAGCUGCGGCCGCCGUUGAAUGUCAUCGCAAAGGCCACGAUGUGGUUGUGUACGAACAGUUUCCCGGCAUCACACAACUGGGCGACAUCAUUGGCAUCACCGGCAACGCUGCACAAGUCGUGGCCAAAUGGGGCAACGGCAGCGUUCACCGCGAGCUCGAACCUAUCCUCUCCUCCUGGCAAGCAAACAAUAUCCGAAGAUACGACACCGGCGACAUUCUGUACUCUCAACCCAUGGUUGGAUACAACGCGGGGACGGGGUAUACCGCUCCCCGUGGCCCCAUGGCGAUCAUCCUUGCGAACCAUCUAAAAGAUCUCGGCGUGCCUGUCCACUUUGGCAAGCGCAUUCAAGACUAUUUUGAGACGGAGGACGAAGCUGGAGUCGUGGUCGAGGGCCAAAGGAUCACGGCCGACUGUGUCAUCGCCUGCGAUGGUGUACACUCGAAAGCCCGCAGUUUUGUGGUUGGCAUUGACGAUCGACCAUAUCCCACCGGCUAUGCAACCUAUCGAGCAUGGUUCGAUGCGGACGAGGCAAAGAAGGAUGAAAAGCUGUCCUGGAUGUUUGAGGGUGAUUCUGACAAGAUGGAGACAUACAUUGGACAGGAUAUGCACUGCAUCCUGGGCACCUGCUCCGGCAUGAAGGGCGUGGUCUGGAACAUUACCCACAAGGACGAGUACGAUAACGUGGCCGAGUCCUGGUCAUUUCCCGGCAAGAGGGAGGAUGUGCUGGGCUAUGUCCAAGGUUGGAACGAGCGUAUACGUGAUGUUGUCAUGGCCACCCCGAAGUCGCAGCUGGUUGAUUACAAGCUCGCCUGGCGAGAUCCAUUACCAAAAUGGGUUUCAAACCAUGCCAGGAUCAUUUUGAUUGGGGACUCGGCGCAUCCGUUCUUACCAACCAGUGCGCAGGGGGCCGGUCAGGCGAUUGAAGACGGGGCGACCAUUGCCAUAUGCCUUGAGCUUGCCGGUAAAGCAGAUGUGCCUUUGGCUUUGUGCACAUGCGAGAAACUCCGAUACGCUCGAGCGUCACUAGCACAACAGAUUGGUAAAGAGACGAGAGAGAUCUGGCACAAAACCGAUUGGGAGCAGGCGAAGAAAAACCCUCAAUCUCUGUCCAUGCCACUGCCCGACUGGCUAUUUGGUCACGACCCUCAGCGGUAUGCGUACGAGGAAUUCGACGCGGCAGCGAGUUCUAUCAAGCAUGGUACAGAGUAUACUCCGACAAAUGUACCUCCUCCAGGACAAAAUCACAGAGUCUAUGACUUUAAGGUGGAUAAGGCGAGCCAAUGGCUGAAGGGAACGACGAAACUGCGCGCCAGCCUGUAG